AUGCAUUCAUCUAAACCCUUUAUUCUAUUCUUCAGCCCCGUGAGACACGCGGCCUCGUUUUAUAGAAGCUUGCAGGGAAUUGCUCAUACGGAGGUGGUUACGAGCAAGAGCAGAGACGAGUUCUUCAAGGAUGCCGCGGGCAAGUACAAGGACAUCUUUGCCAUCUACCGCACAUCUGCUAGUAAUGCUGUGGCUGGCAAGUUUGACGCCGAGUUUAUCGAGCAUCUGCCGCCCAGCUGCAAGUACAUUUUCCAUAAUGGCGCAGGAUAUGACCCAAUCGAUACAAGUGCGUGCGGAAAAAGGGGCAUUAUUGUCACCAAUGCCCCUGAUCCGGUCACUGAUGCCACCGCUGACCUGGCUAUUUUCCUUUUAUUGGGCGCGCUGCGACAGCUAAACCCUUCUAUCUUGUCGCUGCGAGCUGGAAAUUUCAAGGAGGGCCUCGAUUUCGGCCACGACCCGCAGGGUAAAACCCUGGGGAUCCUUGGGAUGGGGCGAAUCGGCCGCGCGACUAAGCAACGCUGUGAUGCAUUCGGUCUGAAGACCAUCUACUACAAUCGUAGAGCUCUUCCAUCCGAGCAGGCAGCUGGUGCUGAGUAUGUCUCGUUCGAAAAAUUGCUCAUUGAGAGCGACAUCAUCAGUAUCAAUGUACCACUAAAUGCAAACACCAAGCAUUUGAUGAGCGCAGCGGAGAUAGCCAAAAUGAAGCGCGGAGUUGUCAUCAUUAACACAGCACGCGGUGCCAUUAUUGACGAGGCUGCCAUGGCCGAUGCACUGGAGAAUAACCAUAUUGCUGCUGUGGGCUUGGAUGUCUACGAGCGGGAGCCUGAGAUCAAUGAGAAGCUUAUGAAGCAGGAACGUGCUCUGGUGGUGCCGCAUGUUGGAACUCACACCACAGAGACUCUGGCAAAGAUGGAGACGUGGGCAAUGGAGAAUGCACGGCGAGCGAUCGUAGGUGAGCCACUGCUGUCGCCUGUUCCGGAAGCCUGGGAUGACCAGAGCUGGUCGGAGCUAGGCAGGCCCUCACCUGAGUUGCAUCAAAUUUCGCUGACAGACAUCACACAGACCAACGCUAGCAUCAUCCGCGACAUAUUCCAGGAGGUUGCUGCAGCGUGUCCCGAUGCAUUCUGCUGUGUUGUUACCAACCCUGUCAACUCAACAGUACCUGUUGCAGCCGAAACCCUGAAGCAAGCAGGUGUGUUCGAGCCUACGCGUCUCUUCGGCGUCACUACACUUGAGGUCGUCCGUGCUUCCACCUUCGCCGCACAGGCUCUGGGCAGUGACGCUGAUCCAAAGGCUUUUCGAGUUCCGGUGAUUGGAGGUCACAGCCCUAUAUCGUCAGGCACAGCCCCCGCCGUCAUCAACCGUACGUUUUUCCUCCCGCUUCUCCUCUUCCCCCUUCCUUCGUGCAAAUUCUCAAACGAGCCCCGUUCGCUUAUGUUCAAAAUUCAGGCGUGCAAUUCGGAGGCGAUGAGAAUCGUCAAAAGCAAGCAAGGUGUGGGCAGCGCUACUACCUGCAUGGCUUAUGCUGGCUUUCGCUUUGUCAAGGCUAUUUUGCGCGCCAUGAACGGGGAGGCUGGGGGCAAAGAGCUUGCUGCGGAGCUAGAGGUAGACUUUUUUGCCGUGAGGGUUAUCUUGGGAAAGACUGGGGCAGUCACGGUCGUACCUGUUGGCGAACUAGCAAGCAGUGAAAAGAAGCUCCUGGAAGUGGCCACUCGUGAACUCAGGACAGAUAUUGCUACAGGGCUAUCCUUCAUGUCAUGA